AGCCGGAACUCGAUGCAGCCCAACUGAAGGCGGACGAGGGGAGGCCGAAAGAAGGAGAGAGCCCAAAAGAGGGAAAGAGCCUGGAGCGCCGGCCGGGCGGCCGCGCCAUGGAGCUGCCGCGGUAGCGCCGGCACCUGCCAUGGGGAACGCGGGGCGCAGCGGCGGCAUCUCUCGAUCCCGGCGAGCCUGUGCCGCGCCCUCGUCCCUCCCCCGGGCCGCAGAGGAAGCGGGGACACGGCGGCUCGGGGCGUUGCUGCCCGCGGGGCCCGGCGGCGGAUAAUGGAGGCUCAUAGCCCUGACAGCCUUCACAAGAGUGAAUCACCAGCUUCUGAAAGUGAAGACGAGAUUGAGUUUAUUGGAGAAGGACCUUUAAGGCCUGUCCUUGAAUGCAUUGAUCUUGUCAGCAGUGGGGAUGAAGAACCUAAUAGCAGUUCUAAUUUUCAUAGAAAUACUAAGAGUAAGGAUCACAUUGACUAUCAGAAGGAGCGAGUUGCAUCAACCCUGGAUCGUCUGGCACGCCGUGUUGAGGUAGAGAAACAGCAAAAAGAGGAGAAAAACAAAGCCUUUAAGGAGAAAGUUGAUUCCCAAUAUGCUCAUGGGUUACAAGAAUUAGAAUUUAUUCGGGAGCACAGUGAUACAGAAGCUGCAAGGUUGUGUGUGGACCAGUGGUUAAAAAUGCCAGGUCUGAAACCAGGCUCUGUUAACGGUGGAAGAAGGGGUGUUUAUAAGAGGACUGAUCAGAGUCGAGUCAACAGCAGUCCCAAACGUUGUCCUGUGAUGCAUUGCAACAGACAGUUUGAUAAUAUACAUCUUCUUCUAGGUCACCUUCAAAGGUUUGAUCAUUCUCCUUGUGACCCAACAGUCACCUUACAUGGACCCCCACAUAAUGCUGUUGCCUGUGUGAUAUGCUGUGAAAGAUUUUCAACCUCUCAGCAGUACAGUGAUCAUCUUUUAUCUAAGCUAAAUGAAAAUGAUGGGCAUAAAAAAGGUAUUCCUCCACAGCAUAUUCAGUGUUUUGCAUGCCCAAACUGCUUCCUCCUUUUUGCCAAAAGAGAUGAGUGUUUGCAGCAUAUGUCACAAGAGAACCACUUCCUCCAGGUUUCUGAACCGAGUGAUGCAGUGAAGUCUGACCGGCCACUGCCUUUUCCAUCCUUUGCAAAGAACCUCUUGAUAUCUCUGUGCAAGGAGGUCUCCUUCCAAGUGAAGUGUAUGUCCUGCUUCAAGAUACUGCGCUCACAUAUGGAAUUAACGGCUCAUUUCAGAACACGUUGUUAUAAUUCUGGGCCCAUGGCACUGUCAAAGAAAAGCAUCUCCCAAGUUGCAGAGAUAUUUAAAAUGAAAGGUCACUGUGAGAACUGUGAUGAACUGUUUGCUGACAAGGAUCAGAUGACCCAACACAAACAAACCACUCAACAUAACAUUAGAGUUUUUACUACACUGGAAGAGUCCAUCUUGAUGUUCUGCCAUGUCAAUGGAAAACAUAAAAAUCAAUCUCAUUUGUGCUACGUUGUGGAACGGUCAAGACCACUGCUUAAAAGACAUUUGAGUCCAGAUGAGUCCUCCAGCGAAAUGGCAUCUUCUCCUUCAAAACGGAAGAGUAAUUUAAAAGAUAAAAGUGAAGAUAAAGUCGCAAACCAAAGUCAAGGUAGUGCUUGCAAAGUAAAAGCCUGGUUUUGUGAAUGCCUUCAAAAGUUUUUUACAGAAGAGUCAGUAGAAAAGCACAUUUUAUCAGCAAAUAGGAUCUGUCACAAGUGUGCUGUGUGUGGAAAGCUGGCUGAAAAUUCAAGCAUUAUCCGCCUGCAUAUGAGUCGGUUCCAUGGAGGAGCACAUUUGUCUAAUUUUCUUCUCUGGUGCAGAGCAUGCUCUGUAGAUCUUAGAGAAGAGGAUAUUAUGGGACACAUAACUGAAUUUCAUGGUGGACAUAGUUACUACUAUGAGCAAGAAGCUGUAGAAGAUGAACCUAUGCCAUCUGCUUCUGAUGCAGUGAGCAUUUCUCCAGGUGGAGAUAAAGAUUGCAUUUCUGGCCCUCUGGAACGCUCGCCUGAAAGUGGUCCUGUCGUGGGAAAAUGGCAGUGCCGCAUUUGUGAGGAGAUGUUUGAGUCUGAAGAGAGUGUUAAACAGCAUUGCAUGUCCUUAGAAAGCCAUGCAUUUCACAGGUACUCAUGUGGCUUAUGUAGAAAUCAUUUUCGGAAAGUAGGAACGCUGCAGCGGCACUUCCAGGAGCAUCAUAAUCAGGAGAUACAGACUAAAUACUUCUGUGGCCUUUGUGGUAAUCUCUUCUUCAACACAGAGGAAGAAUUUCUAACCCAUUACAAGGAGCUUCAUAGCAUGGACUAUACAUUUGUGCCUGAGCAGAUGGAGCUAUCAAUAAAAGAAGAUGAGGACUUCCUCCCAGUCGAACAAGGAGACCGUUUGACCUGUGGUUGCCGGACAACUUAUGUCUCCAGGAUAAACAGGAGGAACGAUCAUGAGAACUGCCAGAAGGCCUUGCUGCAGAAAGGACACUUAUGGUUUCGAUGCUGCUUGUGUUCUGUAACGGCACAGAACAUUGCUGAUUUGAACAGUCACCUCGAGAGUCACACAUCAGUAAAACCUAAGGGAGAGAUGUAUGUUGUUAGAUGUGCUGCAUGCAACAAAAACUUCGAUGACCUUCAAAGCGCGCAUCAGCACUAUCACAUGAAACACUGCUUCUUGCAGAAACCUGAUCUAUCAAGUCUUGCAUCACAAUCAGAGGACACAGUAUUCAAAUUUUCAGCAAGUGGGGCUUGUGCAGUCAGAAAACCUCACGGGCAACAAUUUCAAGCAUCUCCAUCCAAAACUCAGGACAGACCACAGUUUUCUCCUCUGCAGGGCCCAAUAGAGGGAAAGAAAAUAAAGAAAGAGGACUUAGAACAGUCUGAAGAACUUAGUGAAAAUGGUGAACUUCCUGAUCUUGACUAUCUGCGUACCAUGACUCACAUUGUGUUGGUGGAUCUGGACAACUGGGGAAGCUUUUUCACACAGCUGCCAGCUAACCUGAACCAAGGGACAUUUAUCUGGGGUUUUCAAGGAGGCUACAGCAACUGGAAGCCUCCAGUGAAUUGCAAAAUUUACAAUUAUCUUAAGAGGAUUGGAUGUUUCUUUCUUCAUCCACGUUGCAGUACCAGAAGAGAGGCAGCAGACUUUGCUCUCUGUGUUCAUGCUGGUCGUCUGGAUGAGCACCUUCCUAAGCAAAUUCCUUUCACUGUUCUUUCUGGAGACAAAAGCUUCCUGGAGCUGGAAAACCAAUUUAAAAUGACCCAGCGGUCAGCUCGCAUCCUGAAUCCUCACCACAUUGAAGGAGACAUGAUGUGUGCCUUGCUAAACAGCAUUUCAGAUAUCACAAAAGGUUCAGAUAGUGAAGAGGAUGAAGAUAUGAAAGAAACAGUGAAGCAGAGCUUAGAAGAAAUAAACAAACAGGAAGAACUGCAAGAUGCAGAACUACAUGAUGCAGAACUGCAAGAAGCUAUCAAAAGGAGCCUUGAGGAAAUGUAAAUGAAGAUACUUCAGUACACUAACACCAUGCCAUCAGAACUGCUCACAGAAAUAAUCUGAUGUCCUCUGUCAUACUGAUGAACAGCUGGAGUUUAUUCAUAUUCACGGCAAUGUGUUAUGUUUGAGAAAAAUAAAUUUUUAAGCCUUUUCAUAUUUCUUUCUAAAGGGUGAUGAUGAAGUCUUUCUAAUUUAGCUGUUUAAAAUUGUUGCCUAAUUAGUAGGCUGGUCUUACUAGGUAUUUUGGGGUUCCUGGUUGUUCAGGUUUUUUUUUUCUUAAAUUGGUUCUUGUGUUUAAUUUUUUGUCAUAUAAUGUCAUUGUCUUUAUUUACUUUUUCGUGUGGUCUUUGCGACAGAUAAAAAUAGUAAACUCCAGUUAUCUCAGAUUUGCCUGGCUAAUCUUGUUAUAAAGAGAAGCUUAGAUCCCAGGAUUGCUGAACAUAUGGCCUGACUCUUUCCUGUGGCUGGUCUUACUUCAUAGGCCAUGAUUUUGUCUCUGUCCUGUUUGUUAUAAAUGUCAGAAUCAGGACCACAGGCUGUACAGUUAGUUUACCAGCUUUGUUUUUAUGCAUAUGUUUGUUUUUUUCAAGAGCGGUAGAGUAUUUGGAUUUGAUGGCUCAAAGUUUGAUGACUUCAUUGCCUCUCCCUUACCUGAGGCAGGAACAACCUUUUAAGGGAACAGAAUCUAAAUAAACUUCCUAGUUUCUGUUGGGAAUACAUGUGAGAAGAGUUAAACUGUAAUAUUUCUGUAUACUAUGGUCUUUGCUCUCUUCCAUUCAUGAAGAGGUGGCAUUGGAUAAAUGAAUGUAAAUGUGCUAAUUAUUUUUGUACUGUCCUUAUUUUAAGUGAAAUUAUUUCUGUGUUUAAAAUUAUCUAUGUCGUCUUUCUCAGUUUUGUUUAAAAAUACCUAUGCAAACUGUCCAGCUUUACCAGCCUGUUAUCCUUCAGUUAUUGAUUGCUGUCAAUCAGUAAGAAAUCUCAAUGUAAUAAAAUGUCAGCUUAAUUCUUUUUUAUGAUUCACUCACCUUGUGAGUUUGCUUCUACCUGCUGUAUCCUUAAAUACUCAUUAUGCAAGUACAUAUUUUUUGUGGAGAAUAAGAUGUGGGGAAGGCUGAAUUGUUCUCACUAUUCCAAAGAGUCAGCAUAACUACAGCUGUUUGUCGUCAUGGUUAGAAAAGCUGGAAGACUGACACUGGUUUAUUUCUAAUCACAACUCUGAUGUAAUUUCUAUCUCUGAAGCAAGUAGAAUGAAUGAAGAAUCUAGUGAGGUAUCUCAGCGCUCAUUAGCAAUUGUACAGCUUGAAGAAACUAUUCAAAUGCCAGAAAAUAGUUUAAACACAGUGCAUUUGAGUGUGACUCCCAAGUGUUAAAGGGUGAACAAGACCUCUUGGUUUUCCCUUGUGCCUGCUGCUGGUUUUCCUACGGCCAGUCUUGGAUUAAUUGUACUCCUGGUAAAAUUCAGGUGUGUCGUUCACACUGCUGCUGAGAAAGCCCUAUUCUGGGAGAUUUUGAGUUGUCUUUAGCUACUGACUCAAGUUUAAAUCAGUUCCAGAAUUUUCCCACCCAGUGCUUCUGUUAAAGGGUGAAAUGAAACAGAGAACUAUUUUCAUUUUCAAAAGCAUCUCCAUCCAAGUUACAGAAGCUUUUGGGCAGGUUUGUUUUCCAUCUAGAUCCUAAAGUUUCAAAUUCUUUUCUCAUGAAAAGAUGUUUCAGUCUGAGAAAGUUCUUGGGCUCAAUGGUGUUUAAAACCUGGGUAGAACAUCUUUUCCAGAGUCUGCUAUGUUAGAAUUUGAUUAUGUGCUUUAUUUCUCAUAACAUUUUAUUCUGUAAUAAAUGUAAAGUUUGCUUGUAUUUCAUGGGCCAUGAUUUAAUUGGUUGCAUUAAAAACUCCUGUGUGCACACAUAUUCUGUAUACUUGAAGCUCCACUUAUUAUAAACACAUUGUAUUGGCCUUGUCAUCUGCUUACCAAAACAAGUGGCAAACCCCCAACCAUUGCUGCAACUAAAUAGAGUUCUAGUUUCUCUAUUAUUUUUAUGAUAAAAGUAGUCUGCCGAAUUAGCAACAUCUUGAAAUUUGGCCUCAUUUUGAAGAAAAUUUUGGUCUCUGAGAUUCUCUUUUAACUCAAAUUUUUCUUUGUAAAAUUUUCUGCCAUCACAGGCUUGUGGUACUUCUGUUUGCAGAAGAACAGAGAAAAUUGGAUUCUUAAAAGACUACAUGUACAGACAUGUGACUUGUUACUCACCAGCAUCUUGUGGUUGAACACCUUCAACUGGAAAAGUUGUCUUGUAAAUGUGUUUCGGAAUUUAAUGGUUUUGUCUGGUGAGUCUUGUUUAACUGGCUGAAAUUUUUGAGGUUUGUCCUGCAUAUGCUGAGAAAUCUGCCUGCAUUUACAAGCACAGCUUGUCUGUUAAAAGGUGCUUGCCCAGUACAUUUGUACUAGAAGAGGUUUGUCAUGCCCUUUUCAAGAGCUUUUACUUUUGUGAUGAUGUUUGAGUUCAUCCUUCAUUAGCCUAAAGUAAUCCAGUCGGGCUUUUUUUGUAUUUAUCUUUAAUGAGGAAAAUGUCCAAUGUCCACUUGACUACCACCAACUGUUGGUCAUUUUAAUGCUCUUAAUUUCUGUGUGGUGCAUGUGUUAAGUUUUACAAAACUGAAACCAUGACAACUUGAGAUUGGUAUAAGGCUCUUAAUUCUUUGGUGCUUUAUGUGCCAUAUUCUUAUGAAACAAAAAUCCUUUUUGUUUCCAUAUUCAGAGACAAGGUGAGAUGCCAAGUAAGUCAGUGCAACGAUUAUUAAAGUCACUGGAGCACCUGAAGUAUUAUAUCUGCCUGGUUGCUUCUGCUAUUUAAUAAUAUUUUUAAAAAGAGAGAGAUAUUAGCUGAUUCUGGGAUCCUUGCCUUGUAUGUAUUUUUUGGGUGGUGGGUUAAUUUUCUUAGCUCUUCAAGGUUCCUGUAGUGGUCAUGGAAUGCAAGCCUUUAUGAAAUCUUUACCAAAUAU